AUGGCGAGUUCUGCGGGGUUGGCGCUGUGCGGGCAUGCGCUGGUAGUGCGGGGCGGCAGCCGGUUUCUGGCUACCUCCACCUCGAGCAGUGAUGACGACAGCCUCUUCAUAUAUGAUUGCAGUGCUGCAGAAAAGAAGUCACAAGAACAUAAAGGGGAGGACGGACAGCCUGUGGAUCAGGGGAGUGACACCGUUCUGGCGUCCACCUUCUCCAAGUCUGGCAGCUAUUUUGUUUUAACUGAUGACAGUAAGCGUCUGAUUCUUUUCCGUACAAACCCAUGGCAAUGUCUGAGUGUCAGGACCGUGGUGAGGAGGUGCACUGCCCUGACCUUCACGGCCUCUGAGGAGAGGAUCCUGGUGGCGGACAAGUCUGGCGAUGUGUAUUCCUUCUCGGUGCUGGAGCCCCAUGGGGGCGGCAGGCUUGAACUCGGACACCUGUCGAUGCUGCUGGAUGUGGCCGUGAGUCCCGACGACCGCUUUGUCCUCACCGCUGACCGGGAUGAGAAGAUCCGGGUGAGCUGGGCCGCAGCUCCGCACAGCAUCGAGUCCUUCUGUCUGGGGCACACCGAGUUUGUGAGCCGCAUCUUCGUGGUGCCCAACCACCCCGAGCUGCUCUUGUCGUCCUCCGGGGACCGCACCCUGAGGCUCUGGGAGUACCGAAGUGGCCGUGAGUUACACUGUUGUCCCCUGACCAGCCUGCAGGAGCCUGCGGAGCCCUGGAGUGACAAGAGGUUCGCCGUGUCCAGGAUCACUUACUGGAGCCAGGAGGACUGCGUAGCGCUCUCGUGUGAUGGGCUGCCCGUGGUCUACAUCUUCCAGCUGGAUGCUGCCCAGCGACAGCUGGUUCCAAGGCAGCUGCUGACUUUCCAGCACCGGGUGUGGGACGCCGCCUUCGAGGAGGGCCACGGGCUGUGGGUCCUGCAAGACUGCCGGGAGGACCCCCUUGUGCUCUGCAGGCCCGUGGGCGGCCAGUGGCAGUCUGUUCCUGAAAGUGCCGAGUUGAAGAGGGUCUGUGCUCACGUUCGUGUGAACUGGGCCAUGUUGGAAGGCUGUGCCGGCGUGGACAGUGGCUUCAGCAGCCUCUACAAGGCCGCCUGCGACAACAUGACCACUUACCUGAAGAAGAAGGAGGAGCGGCUGAAGCAGCAGCUGGAGAAGCGGCGCCGGGCCCCGCCGCCCGGGCCCAGCGGGCCAACCAAGAGGAUGAAGACCGGGGAGUUGGCGCGGGGCUGCUCGUCCUAG